UUUUUAGAUCCUAUUAAUAAUAGAUGUAAAACAAUAGAUGUAGAGACCUUUUUCCAGUUUUCCUAAAGUUUUCAAUGGGUAAAAGCAAUAACAAGUCCGAGGUAAUUUGAUGGUAGCAAAUGACACUCGGACACUCGAUCUCACUCGUUGGGAAGAACCGGAGCGGAAUCGCUAGAUUCCAAGCCACAACAUUAGGACGCCCGCAAGGUUUUCGAUCAAAUGCCGCACUGGAAUCACUCACCAAAGCUCGUGAAGAACGUACCCAAAACUUAGUUCUCUACAACUAUCCUUCUUUUUCCGGAGCAUUCUCAGCUCUAUUUGCUCACCUUUUUCAUCGCCACCUCAAUAUCCCAUGCCUCAUCUUGCCCUUCUCAUCCGUCGAACCUUUCAGGGUUGAAGAUUUGCGUAUUGAUGGAGUUGAGAAAUAUUACUUUCUUGAUUUUCUUGGCCCAAAAGGAUUUGCAGCUGAGCUUUCACGGCGGACAUCAUGCCAGGUGAUAGGAUUUGAUCACCGAAAGUCCACACUGUCUGAUAUCCAUUUGUAUGAGGAUCAUAACAGCAAUCUUACAUACCAUGUCAAUUUGGAGAAGAGCAGUUCAUCUGCUGUAUAUGACUAUUUCUGUGCCAAGCUAUCAGAAACGAGGUCUAAUAAUGGGCAUAAUGCAAAUCUAUUGAACAGUGAAGAUCAAGAAAGAGUGGAAAUGGUCCUUAAAUACAUUGAGGAUGGAGACCUUCGAAGGUGGAGCUUUCCAGAUAUCAAAGAAUUCAAUAUUGGACUCUCCAUUUGGCGUUCAAAGUUGAAUUGCAUCACAAAUCCACAUAUGUUUGAACAGUUGAUGAAGAUUAACGUGAUGAAUUUAGUUGCACAUGGAAGUGCUACCAUAGCUGAUCAAGAGAGUUUAUCAUCUAAAUUUAUGGAAAAGGUGUUUAGAGUUAGGUUGGGCAGAGGAUUAUAUGGGGAGUGUUUGGGGGUUAGAAUCGAUGGAAACCCUAAUUUAAGUGAUGAAAUCGGCAAGAAACUCAGCAUAAAAAGUGAAGCAGCUGGUUUGAGGCCUAUUGGAGCAGUUGUUUACAUGCAAGGGAAAAAUCUUAAAAUGUGUCUGCGAAGUAAAGAUAGCUCCACUGAUACAUCUGUGAUUGCAAAGGUAUAUGGUGGAGGAGGUUCUCCUAGUUCAAGCUCAUUUAUAAUUCGGAUGGAUGAGUACAAUGUAUGGCUUUCUGAGAAUAAUAAUUGAAGAAGGGUUAUAAUCACCAGCGUUUUCUAAUGGUAUCGUCUUCUUCAACGGUCAAGGAGGCGACAUUGGCAUUUGGAUUUCCUGACCGUGAGAAGCCCAACUUCGACAAAGGCAUAUCUUCAUCUUGUUCAUGACUGUCUGUAUGUUCAUCAUAUCUUGAAUUCGAACUCGACUGUCUGUAUGUUCAUUAGAUCUUCAAUAGUCAAGGCUAGGGUUUUCUAACAA